AUGGCUGCUUCAUUGAAAGAAAUGACUUCUGACUUUGUUAAGUUGGAAAAGUUUGAUGGGGGAAAUUUCAUCCGUUGGCAAAAGAAGAUGAAGUUUCUUCUUACAACAUUGAAAGUGGCAUACGUUCUGAACAUGGCAAGGCCUGAGGAGAAGGAUGAUGAAACCGUUGCUGAGACAAGAGACAGACAGAAAUGGGACAACGAUGAUUACAUCUGCUUAAGACACAUCCUGAAUGGUAUGUCUGACUCUUUGUUCGAUAUCUACCAGAGCAGCCCUUCUGCAAAAGACUUAUGGGACAAAUUGGAAACCAGAUACAUGCGUGAAGAUGCAACAAAUUUCAAACGAACCAUGAAACAUAAGAAGGAAGACAUUUCUCUUGAGCAACUUGGCAAUCACCUUCGUUUAGAAGAAGAAUACCGAAAACAAGAAGGUAUUAAGAAUCAUGUUACUCAAGAGAAGGUUCAUGUUAUGGAAGAAGGAAAUUCAAGCAAAUCUUCCAAAAAGAGAAAUCAUGAAAAUGAUAAGUCUCAUCAUAACCACAAUGGUAAUAACAACAAAAAGAAAAGGAAAGGUGAAUGUUACUUUUGUGGGAAAGAAGGACACUUCAAGAAUGAAUGCAGGUUCUUUAAAAAAAGAACAAAGAAAAGAAUUCAAGGGCAACAAAUGAUGAUUUUGUUGCGGUCAUUUCUGAAAUCAACAUGA